AUGCGAUGCGCGAGCAAGGCCGCCGACAGCGCGUCUGCACGUCUCUGUGCGGACGCCGAAGCAGAAACAACAGCAACUGAUGUCUCAUCGGUUGCUGAAGCGACCCAGCCUGUGUCACUUGGUGAUGCAGGCGCUGGUCAUGAAGACACUCGUGUCUUCACAGAGUACGAGCUCGGUGUCUCGUACUCUCCUAAUACGGAUGACGGAUCCGUAUCGACGGCGAUUGAAUCUAAGCCGCCUGCCAAGCGUGGCAUGGACGAUGCUUUGCGUCGCAGCAUCUUUGGUUCAUCUGAUGAAUCAGAUGAACCAUCGCCGAAGCGAAGGCGCUCGAGAAAAGAAGGCAUGGAUGCCUCCAAAAUCCGUCAUGGAUCACUUGUCGGCGACGACGAGUGA